AUAUUAGUACCAUUUACAUGGCCUGGGUACAUUGGUAUGGUUUUCUUUCUCUUGCCUGUGCUACACUUUGCAGCAUGACAGACUAUAAUACACCUACUGAUAUAAACCCGGCGCUUUGGUUAUAUGCUUUACUCCAAUCGCCACGGUCUCGGUCAGCUUUAUUGAUGAAUAUGUUCCUGGGCUAUUGGUAAGUGUGAUGUCUCCAGUAUCUAUAUAUCGUCUGCGCAACAGUCGAAUCUCUCUCAGUACCAUUGUGGGGCUUACAAAUUCGUCCCUUCCCCUCAGAAUGGCUUGCAGCAUCAAAGCAUGGAUAAUAAAUGUGUAGGUCCAAGCUGAGCCAUAUACACCGAGCCUGCGAUAAGCUACCUAGGUUGGUCGAACUCCCUGUGCUGGGCGGCCUCGUUACAGGGUGAUUGUCGAUGCCAGCUAGCCUUGACCUAUUCAUCACCGGUACAAAGACCCUUUCUCCCUGCUCACAUGCUCACCGAUCGGUAGAUGCAUAUCGCUGUUACAUCUCGUCGUAGUCUCACUUACGGUCAUCUUUACUUGACCACGAACUGGUUUCCACAAAGCUGAUGCCGUACUGAAUCGCUCGAUCCGCUAUGCCAUCCAAAGUGGUCUCUUCGCAGAUAUCUUCUCACUGGGCGAUCUUAUCACCUUCCUCCGUUACCCUCCAACCAAAUUGUAUGGCAUUUUCGCUAUCGACCAUGGGUUUUGGUUUUGACUUACGACAAUAAAUGGCUGGGACUCGUGAUAUGGAUUCAGACACCAACAACGGUCCCUCAUGGCAAUCAUCAUCGCGGUCACGAAAUGGCAAAGCUAUCCAGCUAAAAGAGGUAGAGAAAGAAAUAAUAUUUUUGCCAUCAACUUACUGGAAGAUCGAAAAAAUGAGGCUCCAAGGAUACUGUCCUCGAGUCGAUUUGAUCCCUCUAGAAUAUCAUCAAUUGUCCAGCUGCCAGGAUAUGUGACGGUUACAAUGGGGUAAGGGGACAUGCGUUGGCUCGAGCCUUUUUAUGCUGUCGGCCAGCCUUGCAGUAUUCAUCGGCAGCCCCAUAAAGCUGUUCACUAGCUACGAUUGCCUCUAAGAAAAAGGCUACACUAGUGCCACUUACUGCUACAACCGAAAAUAAAUGCGACUUUGAAUUU